AUGGUGAACGACAACGAGAUAAGCAAAGAAGAAAGGCUUGAGCAAGCCCGGAAGAAGUUCGAGGAACUGAAGAAAAAGAAGAAAGGUAAGAAGAAGGGCAAUGUUGGGGACCAUGAACGCGAAUCCAAAGAUAAGGAAAAACUUAACCACAGCUUCAAGAAGACAAUGGCAAAUACAGCAACAGGUUUGGAUACGGGUGAUGGUUCUGAACCUGACGAUUCUGAAAUACUUGUGACUCCUGAUGAUUGCAUCUCAGGGGCUGAAUCUAUCAUCAAUGAACAAGAAGUACAAGUUAUACCAGAAAGGCACAAAUUGGAUGAUAACGACUAUCAGCAUGGUAACGAUCGCAAAAGCCAAGAACCCUCAAAACCAGAGAUUACGGGUUCAUCUGAUUCGCCUGAUUUGGAUGCUGAAAGUAAAGUGAAACAGCAAUCUUCGCUGGUCGACGAAACCAAAUCUCAAUAUGCAGAGGAAAGUCACGAUGAGGACCCUUCGAAGCAGGUGAAAUACCUAGAAGCAAAGCUUCGCGAUACGAUCGAGCAGAAUUCCCAACUUUUGAAAGAAAAUCUGGAGCUGAAAUCAGCCCAACUACUUUUGACGUCAAAAAUUAGUUCACUCGAAGAGAAGGUGCAAUCUUUCGAAAUUUUAAAUAAUAGCUUGCAACGACAAUUGAGUGAGCAAAUUCAUGACGUGUCAUGUGCUGAGGUCCCCAAUAGCGGUGAAACCUUUCAUAACUCCUCGCUUGAAAAAGAUUCCCCUACGAAGUCCUCCCCCAGCUUCCAAACAUUCAACAGUUUCAAUAAUUUAUCAAACGACUAUCUUGACAUAGUUGACAUCCGUGAGCGUCUGGCCCAAUGGAAAGGUUGGAAUCUUGACAUGAAAUCAUGGAGAAGUGUUGGAAGUGGGUCGCUACUCGAGUUGUAG